GGCGCCGUGCGCGACGACGGACGACGACGGACGACGACUAAUCGUCGUCGACAAUUUCGGAUGAUAUCCGCGCACGCUAUAUUCUUCUCGUCAUCGGUCGUCUCGUCUCCGUUCGCAUCAGAAAGAGGUGUUGAAAAUUGAAUUUCUACCCGGAAACAUCAUCGAUCUGACAUCAACUUUCCGCCACACGAUCUCUGUCUCGCGAUUUUCUCAACAUCUUUCGCGCCGCGAACGUGAGAGUGACGGCGCGGGCGCCCGACUCCAAAACGAAUGAUACGAAUACUUUUUACGAACGUGCUUCACUUAUCGGGAGCGUGGUGGUGAACGAGUACCGCAGCGUGGGUAGCGGUGGUCGCAUCUAUAAUUAACCUUGGAGGAGGCGUCUGGCAGAGGAACAAAGCACCAUCUCUGCAAGAAUUUAGGUCCAUCAGUGAAUUCUCGAUGAAAACGGACUUUUGGUGAAUUAACAACGCGAUGUAGAAAAAACAGAGGAUACGACUUGCACAUCAUUAAUUUCUUCUUGAACGUUCCCUAAUAAAUGCCACGUUUUGAAUAAUUAGCCAGAUCCAUAUGACGAUACGUAGUAACUUUGGGAAGCGAUCUUUGGGACAACUAUCGAAAGAGGAUUAUUAACCAGCGGUAUUGAUGCAUUCUGUGGAAUAAUGAACUUGGACCUGGAUAACAGUUGUGGCUUACAAACAGAGUGGUUCGUCUAUGGAACUUGAGGCAGUGAACUGUGCAAUCGUUUGGAAGGGUAACUUUCUUGUGGUUUCCCAGGGUGUAAGUGUGAAAUCGCUUCAUCGUCAUUCGGCAUGAAUUUUGCGACAUGAGAUAUAUAUGUUACAGAACGGGAAUCGGAAUUAACCGCGUGACUCAUUUCGGAGAAGUGAUAUUCUGAGCGACACCACCUCGGUCACGUUUCACGAGCCGAGUAAUUCCUCGUGGAAUCUGAAUUAACGGCUUCGCGUUGGCCUCUCGUCGGCGACGUUACAUCGGAAAACGACGAUAAAGACCGAAUGAUUAAGAGGGAAUGAUUAAAGCACUCGGAUGUUCGAACCCGUAAGAGAACGCAUCGCCAGGCACGCUCUGAUCCACGAUUAGGAGGAGGUCGAUCGAUUUCGGAAUUAACAGCCCGCGAGUGUCAAACGAGCCGCGACAGGAACAUCAAUACCCUAAUAAAUGUCACUCGCACGAUCGAUCGUCGCCUUUUGCCAGCCAUGACGUAAAGAGAGGAUUUAACAGCGACGAGGGUCAACGUUGUCGAGAGCGGCUGUCGGGAUCGGCUGUCCACGAUCGUAUGCAGGUCCCGAUCUCCCGUGUGGGUGCGUCGAAGUUCGUGAUCCUGACACCGCUUAGGGGGGUGGUCCCCUACAGUUAUGCACGGAUGGAGGAUGAACUGCAGUGCGUGAGGGAGAGAGGUGAUCGCUCCUAAACCGAUGAGAUGACAGUGCUGUGCGUGCUGUGGGCUACUCUGUCCACUGUGGCCUCGAUUCUCGCGUGCUCCGGUUUUUAUCUGCCUUACUGGAUUCAGGGACGACUGUUGGGAAAGGCUGACGCGUACUUCAGUUCCUUUCGGCGUUGCAACUACCCGCGAAUCAGGGCGCCCAACGCCACGCCCGAGAUAGUUUACGAGUGUGCGAGGUAUUCCAGUUUUUGGGACAUACCGAGCGCUUGGUGGCAGGCGAGCACAGUCACGAUGGGUAUCGGCGUCGCGAUUGCAGUGAUCGGCGCCCUGACACUUUUGGCAGCGGCAUCGUCAUUCCUUCCGCAUAUUCUUAAAACGCCAAAGCACACGAGGAUUCUUGGUUCCUUGCAAUUGCUCGCUGCCACGAUGAUAUGCGGCGGCCUGGUCAUGUAUCCGAUAGGCUGGGAUAAUCGGGAGGUACGCGAAUCCUGUGGGAAGGGGGCCAACGUUUACAAUCUCGGAAAGUGCUCGGUGUCCUGGUCGAGUCACUUGCUGGUCGGCUCGGUGGCGUUGCUGAUGCUGUGCUUCGGCCUGAGCUUCUGCGCGGCGCGACACAAGCCCGACGCGAAUCCGCACACGGAUCCCCUGCGCAUUUGACAAUCGAGGUACUCUCAGUCGAUACACGCCUACGCCUCGCCGAAGACGACCACACUCUCCAUCGUCACGGUCUGUUGAUCCCGCGUGCCUGUUGCGUGCACGCG